AUGGGUGUGUCGAGUAUCGUACACGUGUUCCGUAAAAUAAAGAGGCGCGCAAAAUGUCACCCGUUAGCAUUAAACAUAUCUAACGUGCAGGCGUGCAUAGGAGGAAUUUUUGUAGCCAUAACAUUGGUCAUUUGUUUCCUGAAUUUCGAAUUGAUUCGCAAACAAUUCGAGGGAAGAUCUGCGGCUGAUAUCAAUUCAUGGAGACUUGCCCACUUGUCGAAAGCGUGUAAAAAAUGGAACAAUGGAGGACAUACUAACCUUCAGCCGGCAUUUUACUUACACAGCAAGAAUCACAGCUUGGUCUAUUGCUUAGUGUUUAAGGCGGGCACAAGCUCGUGGUUCUACAAUUUUAAUUCGUGGGCAGGAUACUCGGAGUACGAGAUAAUGCAUAUCGAUAACUUGUUUCUGGCACGUAGAAACUAUCCGAAGGAAGAUCGACUCACAUUGAUGCAAUCGAUGGAGCAUUCUUUCUCGUUUAUUGUCGUUAGGCAUCCUUUUGAACGCUUAAUGAGUGCGUUCGAGGAUAGAUUGGUGAGUAUGAAAAAUGCGCACUACUCGCGUGUUGCCCAAGCCAUCUACAAGCGUUAUCAUCCGAUGGGCAGGGGCACCGUUUCGUUCCGCGACUUUGUGCAGUACAUAAUCGACGAUGUGGAAUAUAAUAACAGUACGAUCCCGUUAGAUAUUCACUGGUGCCCAAUUAACAACUUGUGCACACCAUGUUUAGCUAGAUAUGAUUUUAUAAUCAAAUUGGAAACAUACAAACAGGACGUGGAAACCAUGAUAAAAAAGGCCAACUUGGAAGGCAUAGUGAAACUUGCACAUGUAAAUCGCGUAAGAAAAGAGCCAAUUCAAACCCUUGCCAUGAAAUAUUUUUCACAGAUAACGCAACAGCAAAUGGACAAGUUAUACAGUAUUUAUGAGCUAGAUUUUGAACUGUUUGGAUAUUCUGCAGAUACAUAUUUCCAAAUACCUAAAGCACUAAUGUAA